AUGGAUCAAAUGAAGACUAAACCAAAGGGUCGUUCGGCUAAGAAAUCAGUGAAAAGUAAAGGCAAUGAAAACCGAAAACCAAAAAACGACCGAAAGAUAGAGAAGGAUAAGAAACAGAAGUACUCGACGUAUAGCUCGCAGACUGUUCUUAAAGACAUGAAGAACUCUGCCAUCAGUGGUAUCAAUAGUUUUCGCACCACUUUUGGUACCAUAUCUAACAAACUGAAGCUAUCGUCCAAUUCAUUGCACGACAAUUCAAAAGAGGCUCAAAAUUAUAAGCAGUUUAAUGGGAGCCGGACUCCAGUACUGCUGUAUUCGCCUUUCGGUAUCGAAACUCCCAGCCCUCGGGUGGACCGCAAACACCUUAAGAGGAGUUGUUGUCGACAAAUGUUCUUCAGUCCGACGCAGAAGAUUAAAGAGGAUGUCUUAUACCUUAACAAUGGUAUCAAAGAAUUGAAUCUAUUAUCGGAAGGCAUAGAGAAUCGCUUCUCUCCGUCCAAUUCCAGCACUUCAGUCAUCUUUGACUCCAAUCAGAGUCUCAUCUAA